AUGGCACAGCUUGCGAGGACGGCACAGCUUGCAAGGACAUCACAGCUUGCGAGGACAGCUCAACUUGAGAGGACAGCUGAACUUGAAGGGCAGCUCAACUUGAGAGGACAGCUCAACUUCAGAGGACAGCAAAACUUGAGAGGACUGCUCAACUUGAGAGGGCUGCUCAGCUUCAGAGGGCAGCUCAACUUGAGAGGGCAGCUCAACUUGAGAGGGCAGCUCAACUUGAGAGGGCAGCUCAACUUGAGAGGGCAGCUCAACUUCAGUGUACAGCUCAACUUGAGAGGAAAUCUCAACCUGAGAGGACACCUCAACCUGAGAGGACAGCUCAACUUGAGAGGACAGCACAACUUACAAGGACAGGAAAGCUUGCGAGGACAGCAAAGCUUCUUGCGAGGACAGCACAGCUUGCAAGGACAGCACAGCUUGCGAGGCCAGCAAGGCUUGCGAGGACAGUACAGCUUACGAGGACAGCUCUACUUGAAAGGACAGCUCAACUCGAGAGGACAGCUCAACUUGAGGGGACAGCUCAACUUUAGAGGACAGCUCAACUUGAGAGGACAGCUCAACUUGAGAGGACAGCUCAACUUGAGAGGACAGCUCAACUUGAGUGGACAGCUCAACUUGAGAGGACAGCUCAACUUGAGAGGACAGCUACACUUGAGAGGACAGCUCAACUUGAGGGGACAGCACAACUUGAGAGGACAGCACAACUUGUGA